CCAGAGGAAGAGCAGAAUCAGCUGAACAAAAGAAGGUACGAGAAUCUCUCUCACUCUCUCUCUCUCUCUCUCUUUUAAAGAAAUAAAAAUAUUCCUGGUUUUCUCCAGAAAUUCAUCACUACCAACAACCAGGAUAAUUAACAAAAAGCAAUGUUAAACUGCUGAAAGAGGUGAAGCACAAGCCGUCCUGAAGAAUCUCCAGAACACGCAGAAAUCGUUUGACACAUUAAACAGACAAAUGAAGCCAAGUCCCGACAUGGAGAAACAUCAGCACUCUGUCAAGAGUUUUACUAAACAGAGUGAUCUCAAAAUUCACCAGCGCAUUCACACAGGAGAGAAACCGUAUUACUGCUUAGACUGUGGUAAGAGUUUUACUACACAGAGUAAUCUCAAAAAUCACCAGCGCAUUCACACUGGAGAGAAACCGUUUUACUGCUCAGACUGUGGGAAGAGUUUUACUCAACAGAGUACUCUCAAAAAUCACCAGCGCAUUCACACAGGAGAGAAACCGUAUCACUGCUCAGACUGUGGUAAGAGUUUUACUACACAGAGUAAUCUCAAACUGCACCAGCGCAUUCACACAGGAGAGAAACCGUAUCACUGCUUAGACUGUGGGAAGAGUUUUACUAAACAGAGUAAUCUCAAACAUCACCAGCGCAUUCACACUGGAGAGAAACCGUAUUACUGCUCAGACUGUGGGAAGAGUUUUACUAAACAGAGUACUCUCAAUAAUCACCAGCGCAUUCACACAGGAGAGAAACCGUAUUACUGCUCAGACUGUGGGAAGAGUUUUACUAAACAGAGUACUCUCAAUAAUCACCAGCGCAUUCACACAGGAGAGAAACCAUAUUACUGCUCCGAAUGUGGGAAGAGUUUUAAUCAACAGAGUAAUCUCAAACUGCAUCAGCGCAUUCACACCGGAGAGAAACCGUAUCACUGCUCAGACUGUGGGAGGAGUUUUACUCAACAGAGUAAACUCAAAAAUCACCAGCGCAUUCACACAGGAGAGAAAACUCCCAAAUUUGUUCCACUGCAAUAAAAAGUGCAAAUCGUAAAUCUUUCAGACAGAACACCUUAUCCUACAAAAAUGUUUCACUUUGUCACUUGGGACACGUUUCACCAGAAACAAACAUGAACUGAAUUUAACAAUGAAUUUUACAGGUUCAACAAAAUGAAUCUUUUCCAGGGAUGAUGUUUAUUGAAUUCCAUGUUGUGUUUUCUUGUAUGUUUGAUAUUCCAGGACAUUCUUCGUGAGACACAGCUCAGUUUUUAGGGUAGUUACGGUAGGAGUUCAGUUCUGAAGAAGGGAAGGUUGUUUAAGUUCGAGUGAGGGCACUGCCAGUGCUUGCACCAGAUGUUAGGUUAGCAUAAUUUAGUCUUUAAAAUUUAGAUGUUGUUAGGAGUACAGUAGGAUUCUUAGUCUGCAACUAAGCAUUUUGGAUCAAACCUUCAGUGCUUAUGCCUAAAAGGUUUUGAAUGCAUUUAAUCGCUUUUCUAGUAUAUACAGAUUUAAUUAUUUCCAUUAAUUUCCAGUAUCUCUGUUUUUCCUCUGUGGAAGCCGUCCUCAGUUCCCCAAGCUUAGCAUAGCUUACUUUAAUGCUAUCAACUGCCAGGCCACCCAUAUGAAAGGAUAAGGGGAAAACACCACCUGAGGAACUCCAGAGAGAGAGUGCUCACAAAAGUGUGACCCAGAGCCACAGAGAGACGACACUGUGCCGGGUGGAAUAUUCAGACCCCACAGAGAGGCCAACAAAAUCUUUUCCAGAGGUUAAAUAAAACGCUCCAGCCGUAGUUCUCACACUGAAAUCAACCCCCUCCAGACCUGUAUAGCGCAGUAAAGUUGCUGGCUCAUUUAUUGCCCCUGCUGUUGUUCUCUCUGUUACCAUAGAGGGAUAUUUGGUUGAUGUAUUACUCAAGUUUUUUACUCUUUUUCUUAUUAGAUAUUGUAUCUUGCUUAAGACUUUUUAAUCUCCAAAGUAACUAAGAAUAUCCAAUUAAUUUAGUUCAUUGAUUGUUUUUAUCCAGUACCAACUGUUAUCCUUGCAUUGCUUCACAUCUAUAUUUAUUAGGGGUGCAGGAAAAAAAUCGAUUGGAGCUAACAUUGAACGAUUCAGAAUCGAUUCUCAUUUUCCUAAAAACGUGUUUUUUGGGUGAAGCUACUGUCGCGCUGAGCUUUUUAACUGUCCUGCGGAGCUCUUUAACUGUUAAAAAGCUCUGCGCGACAGUAGGUGAACUCCCAGUUAGGCAACAGAGGGGUGUGCAUGCUAAAAGCUAGUGUAUUUAGUAUUUUCUCUGCUUGUUACAUAAUUAUAGCCUAUCUAACGUUCCACUCUUGACCUUGUGGCUGUUUAUGAGUGUUUUCUAGUUUUAACAAUGUCUACCUUUUAGAAAUGAAUACAGGAUUAGUCAAGUUUAUUGUUUGAAAUAAAUGUUCUAUUUGUUUAAAUUGUCCUUUCAUCUUUUUAUCUUCUCACAUAAUUUAAACAAAAUUUAUAGGCCAUUUGAAUUGAUAAAUCAUUCUAGAAUCGAAAAUCGUUUCUGAAUCGAAUCUUGACCCCAAAAAUCGGAAUCAAAUCAAAUCGAAACACUGAGAGAUUCAUACCCCUAAUAUUUACUCGUGUGUGUUUCAAUAAAAUGCUUUUAUAUUGCAAGAUCUGCAAUCUCGUGUUUUCUCACUAUAUGGUUGAUAACCUUUCUGUGACCUGGAACCUAUCCAUCCUGAGCCUGUUUUAUGUUAUUAUUUGGUGAAGGGUGUGAUUGGAGAUAACCACACCUGCACACUCUUAUUUUUAAAUGUUUUAUACAUUUAUAUAUACAGUUAUUAUUUUUCUGUUCACUUAAUAAUUUAUUUAAAAACUGCUUUCUUUUUAACUGUCACAAUGACGCAGGGCUUUGGAGGUUGUUUGUACUUUUUCAGAAAUCAGGAAGGUCAGAGUGUUUUCAUCAACAGGGAGAGCUGUGAGGAGAACGUGACCCUGAGUGGCAGAGAAGCUUCACUGCUGUUCUGGGACCAGUGCAUAUGAACUAGGAGACAACAAGCUCUCUGAGUGAAGUGCUGGGAACCUCUCCUCAGAUAUCCAGCGCAUGCCUGUUCUACACGCCGUAAAGUCGCACACAUGCCAGAAGAUCUUCCCAUCCACUCUUUUCCUCUGUUUCAUCUUCUCACAGACUUUAGGGCACAUAAGGAUUGUUUGGAACACAAGGACUGUCUGCUGUGUUCAUGAAGGACACAGAGCUGAACAACAUCAUGAUAAGAACUUGUUGCUCAGACAGGCUGGAGCUGAUCACAUCAUUGGAACAACAAGCUGUUAACUGGACUGGAUAAAUGUAUAACUGCUUGGAUUAAGUCUGGAGGGCUCCCUCUCUUUCUCUCUCUUUGGGUUGUGAAUGUGUUGAUCUAUCACGAUUUUAUUACACUAUGUGUUCACUCGUUGAUGUACUUUUACUCUUUUCUAAUAUAUAUUUAUAUAUAUAUGUAAUGCUGAAACUAUUUUUCCAGUAAACUUUCAUACAUUUUAAAUUCUAA